AUUUGAGCGUGCGAUAGGAGAGAGUGAAGAGCCGAGGAAAAGAAGUUUGGCACCCGCACACUUAUAAAUACCCACCACCAUGCACCCAACUGUCUCACACCAUCAAAACCUCUUCUCAUAUUAAUCUUGCUCUCCGUCGUCCCAUUUCCGAUAUAAUACCCAAAAUACCCCGCCAUGUCUGAAGAGAGGCACCACCACGGCCACUUCCACCACCACAAGGAUGAAGACAGACCCAUUGAAACCUCAGACUACCCUCAGUCUGGUGGUUACUCUGAUGAAGGACGUACCGGCAGCGGCUACGGUGGUGGUGGCUACGGUGACAACACUGCUUAUUCUGGUGAAGGACGUCCCGGCAGCGGCUACGGUGGUGGUGGUGGCGGCUAUGGAGAGAGCGCUGAUUACUCCGAUGAUGGACCCCGCGGCGGCCGCUACAGCGAGACUGCUGCAUAUGGCACCACUGCCACCCAUGAAUCUGAAAUUGACUACAAGAAGGAGGAGAAGCACCACAAGCAUCUUGAGUACCUAGGCGAGGCCGGGGUUGCUGCUGCUGGUGUUUUUGCCCUGCAUGAGAAGCACGAGUCAAAGAAAGACCCAGAGCAUGCUCACAGGCACAAGAUAGAGGAGGAGAUUGCUGCAGCAGCUGCAGUUGGGUCUGGUGGGUUUGCCUUCCAUGAGCAUCAUGAGAAGAAAGAGACAAAGGAAGAAGAGGAAGAGUCUCAUGGAAAGAAGCACCACCAUCUCUUCUAAAUCUACAAAUAAAUACUAUAUUUUAUAUUUAUAUAUUGUGAUUUUACUUAUCUGUUAUGAGUGAGGUUUGAUCUCAACAAUGUUAUAAUUGUUGAGUGCUUAUGUGUGCUUGUUAUAUGAGUGCUAUGUAUCUAUCUAUUUCUCAUUGUUGAUAAUAAAUAAUAUCGUUUACUUGGUGUUAA